GAGGCCCGGUCGCGCGGCGGCGGCGGCGUCGCUCCUGUUGGCCCAGCCGGCGGCGGCCAUGGCGGCCGUGCUGUCCCCGCGCCUCUGCGACAGCGACCCGGCCACGCCCGGCGCGCAGUCCCUCAAGGAUGACACAGAAGAAAAUUCCAAUGAUGGCAGCCAGCCAUCCAAAAGGCGGCGUAUGGGCUCAGGGGACAGUUCACGGAGCUGUGAAACUUCCAGUCAAGACCUUGGGUACAGUUAUUUUCCUGCUGAAAAUUUGAUAGAAUACAAAUGGCCACCUGAUGAAACAGGAGAAUACUAUAUGCUUCAGGAACAAGUCAGUGAAUAUUUGGGUGUAACUUCCUUUAAAAGAAAAUAUCCAGAUUUAGAAAGGCGAGAUUUAUCUCACAAGGAGAAACUAUACCUCAGAGAACUAAAUGUUAUCACAGAGACUCAAUGCACACUAGGUCUAACAGCUUUGCGUAGUGAUGAAGUAAUUGAUCUCAUGAUUAAAGAAUACCCUGCCAAACAUGCUGAGUAUUCUGUUAUACUGCAAGAGAAGGAACGGCAACGAAUAACAGAUCAUUACAAAGAGUAUUCUCAAAUGCAGCAACAGAACACACAGAAAGUAGAAGCCGGUAAAGUUCCAGAAUAUAUUAAAAAGGCUGCCAAGAAAGCUGCAGAAUUCAACAGCAAUUUGAACCGAGAGCGGAUGGAGGAAAGAAGAGCCUAUUUUGAUUUACAGACACAUAUUAUCCAGGUGCCUCAAGGAAAAUACAAAGUCUUGCCUACAGAGAGAACAAAGGUUAGUCCUUAUCCAGUGGCUCUCAUACCCGGACAGUUCCAGGAGUACUACAAAAGAUACUCUCCAGAUGAACUUCGUUACUUGCCACUAAACACAGCCCUUUAUGAACCUCCUUUGGAUCCGGAGCUGCUUGCACUGGACAGUGAUGGAGAUUCAGAUGAUGCAGAGGAAGGGCGAGGUGAUGAAAAGAGGAAAACCAAAGGCAAUUCGGACAAUUCGUCUGGCAAUGUAUCUGAAGGUGAUUGCGCCACAGACAACCAGGAGGAUUCUUUUCAGGGAAGACAAAAAACAAGAGACAAAAGUGCUACUCCAAGAAAAGAUGGUUCCAAACGUUCUGUAUUACCCAAAUCAGUUCCUGGGUACAAGCCAAAGGUCAUUCCAAAUGCUAUAUGUGGAAUUUGUCUGAAGGGUAAGGAGUCCAACAAGAAAGGAAAACCUGAAGCUCUUAUACAUUGCUCCCAGUGUGACAACAGUGGCCACCCUUCUUGCCUUGAUAUGACCCCGGAGCUUGUUGCUAUGAUUAAGACUUACCCUUGGCAAUGUAUGGAGUGUAAAACCUGCAUUAUAUGUGGGCAGCCUCACCAUGAAGAAGAAAUGAUGUUCUGUGAUGUAUGUGACCGUGGUUAUCACACUUUUUGUGUGGGGCUUGAUGCUAUCCCUUCAGGUCGCUGGAUUUGUGAUUGUUGUCAGAAAGACCCUCCUGUACCCAGAAGAGGAGGAAGAAGGGGGAAAAACAGCAAGGAGGGCUAAGAAAGCCCUAAAUACUUGCUGUCCAAAACUUAACUGCACAAAUUAAAGUGAUACUCUGGUGCUAUUUAAUCAACCACUCUAUAAGAGGAGCAAUACCACUUUUUUUUUUUUUUCUUUUUACUAAAUAAACUUUGUCUAUAUAGUGAUUUUUGUGAUACAAGUCACUACUGUCCUGUCAGGUGUUGAGAGAGGCAAGCCAAAUUACCACUCAAAAAAGAGAAUAUUUUCAGUAAUGAAAUUUAAAUUAUACAUGCAUUUGUAUAAAAUUAUAGCAACAUACUUAUUUAUUUCAGUGCACUUAUCAGUAAGCCCUGUGAAAAGAAAAUUACAGAGCAAUGUAAUGUACUUUAUUUGCAUAGCAACUGGUUAUUCUGAAAUACUCAACCAAAGCAAAAAGUAUUCCUGGUAAAAGUAACUUCUAAGGAAGAGUAGGCAUGAGAUGACCUUCUUAAAAUAUACUGCAAAUCCCUUUCAGCAGAAAUUUUCUGUGCAAGCUAAUGACUUAUUCAUAAAUAUGUGCUUGGAAAAAAAAUCAAUCACAAAAAGCUAUCAAGGGAAGUGUAAGAAAGCACCUCUCAAGUUUGAGAUACCUGUAUGCUGUGUUGUUUUUAAUGAGAUGAAAAUGACAUACUGACAAGUAACAACAGCUGAAGGCUCCCUCUCCCUGCAGUAACAGCAAAGAAGCAACAUGCACUUGAUUCAGGUCAUGGAUUUGUAGUGGUGAUGAGUGACUGGACCGACCUCUGUUUGACAGAUGGCUGAUGUGAUGUAGAGCACACGCAGUCAGAAUACAGAUAUCUAUUCCCUUAGGUGAUUGAUUGUUUUCUCCUUCCUUCACCCUAAGCUCCUCAA